UUUCACCCGCCACACGACGGUGCUUUUUUUUUCUUAAAGGAGAAGCUACAGUGUUUUUUUUUUUUUAAAUCCCGCCUCCGGGCAUGAAACUCCAGAAAACGCGGACUUUGUGAAAACGGGAGUACAGGCUUUCGGCAGGUACCGGCUAUAUUUUCGUAUCAUUCUUGAAAGCAGAGGGUCGAGGAUACCAGACCGGCCCAAACUACGAAGGGUGGGCGACGACGAUAAUAGGAGGAACGGCUGGGGAGGGGAGAACGGUGUCACCGCGCAGCUCCGAGCAUUCAGCUCGGGUCAGAGUGCGCGGAGGCCUCUUUAACAGCGUACCUUCCUCAGACUAACGGAGGGCAGUUUAACUGGAUGGGUGAGACAUAAACUGUUGAAACGGCUUAGAUCUACGAAACGCGCGCGCCACGGCCAGAAUUCCGACCGCGCGCGCUCGCGUGCGCUCGUUCACGACGACAUUCGCCCAUUGAUUGGCUUGAGGAGAGUCAGCCCGGCUUACUCCUUGGAUUGGUUGGCCUGGUAGAGGGGUGGGUGGGGUGUGUCUUGCAUCUUUCUUCCUGAUUGGCUGGCACGAAGGGAUCUUGCGGCCUGCUUGAACUCCGAACUCAUUCUUGAUUGGCUUCGGGCCCACGCGAGGGAGGGGGUCUGCCGUCCAGAGGCGGGGUGAGCGGCGAACGCUGCUGUCAGGAGCAGGAGGGGGAGCCGCUGUUGGGGCCCCCUCCGCCAACUGCUCUGAUGCCGGGGGCGUCCGAGCAGGCGGAAAGCCAGGAGGAAGAGCCGCCGCAGCAGCAAAAGAAAGAAGAGGGGCCGACUCCGCCUCCCAGUAGCCGCCGCCGUCCCCCGCCCCCUCCCACAGUCACUGUCGAGCAGGGGGAGGAGUCCAGCGGCAGUCGAGUACUCCGUGGGGGCCGGGAGCGCGGACGGGCUGCCGCCGCCGCAGCCGCCGCAGCCGCCGCCGCCUCACGCCGAAGGAAGGCCGAGUACCCUCGACGGCGUCGUAGCAGUCCCGGCGCCCGGCAGAGCCAGGAGCCUGAGGAGAUACCCGGCGCGGAGGCCGAACCGCCAGCAACCGCCGCCCCGCCUGGCGCUGCCUGUCGAAAGGGAACCCCGCGCGGCGCAUAUCUGGAUAAAACUACAGUGAAAGAUCCCAAAGAAGAGACUGAAGAGGAAGAAGUCUCGAAUACUCCUGCUAGUGAAACCCCAGUCAGUACAGCCAGGCCCAGUCGAGGCUGGCGUAGCAACAGGGCAACUGCCGCUGUUCAUCAGUGUGGUGCAGAGAAUUCACGGAGCUCUAGAUCCAGGACUGGGUCCCUGCAGCUCAUCUGCAAGUCAGAACCAAACACAGACCAGCUAGAAUUUGAAGUUACAGAAGAGCAUACAUCUCCAGCUGGAAUCAGUGAUGAAGAAGAAAUGCUCAUCAGUGAAGAAGAGCUUCCCUUCAAAGAUGAUCCAAGAGAUGAAACAUAUAAACCUCAUUUAGACAGGGAUGCGCCAAAGCAAAGAAAAAAAGCUGGGAAGGGAAAAGAAGAAAAAGAGAAACAGAAGGAGAUUAAAGUGGAGGUGGAAGUCAAAGAAGAAAGUGAGUUUCGGGAAGAUGAGGAGCCACCUAGAAAGAGAGGAAGGAGGAGAAAAGAUGACAAGAGCCCACGGCUUCCUAAAAGGAGGAAGAAGCCCCCAAUACAAUAUGUACGCUGUGAGAUGGAAGGAUGUGGCACAGUUCUUGCACACCCUCGUUAUUUACAGCAUCACAUUAAAUAUCAGCAUCUGCUGAAAAAGAAAUAUGUAUGUCCUCACCCAUCUUGUGGGCGACUCUUCCGGCUCCAGAAGCAACUUUUACGGCAUGCCAAACAUCACACAGAUCAAAGGGAUUAUAUCUGUGAAUACUGUGCUCGUGCUUUUAAGAGUUCCCACAAUCUAGCAGUUCACCGAAUGAUCCACACAGGCGAAAAGCCAUUACAAUGUGAGAUCUGUGGAUUUACUUGCCGGCAGAAGGCCUCAUUGAACUGGCACAUGAAAAAACAUGAUGCAGAUACCUUUUACCAGUUCUCAUGCAAUAUCUGUGGAAAGAAGUUUGAGAAAAAAGACAGUGUUGUGGCACAUAAGGCCAAGAGUCACCCAGAAGUUCUUAUUGCUGAAGCACUGGCAGCCAAUGCAGGCGCCCUCAUCACCAGCACUGACAUCUUGGGCUCUAAUCCAGAGUCCAUUGUCCAGCCCACUGAUGGCCAGGGCCUUCCCCUUCUUCCAGAUCCUCUUGGGAAUACCACUCCUGGAGAGUGCCUAUUGCUGAACCCUGAUGGGAUGCCCAAGGCUUAUUGCAGUGGGGGUGACCGGGUCAAUCUGAUGGCUGACGAGAAGAUCUUUGUUGGCAGUGCUAGUGGUGAAAAUACAGAAGGACUGGUCAUGAACACGGAGAUCCUUGGAGCUACCACUGAAGUUCUAAUUGAAGAUUCUGAUUCUACAGGACCUUAGUUGGGAGAGGAGCACAUCUGUGUUGGGAGAACUUGAAUUUGUAUUUAAAAGAAUAAAUGGGGGGAAGAAACUUAUUCAACACUGAAAAACUAAAAAUUUAAAUUACUAGUCAAAUAACUAAAGGGCCUGCUCCUCCUCUGCCCCUUCUCACCCUCACCUUCCUACCCACCCCCAGUGGAUCACUACACAUGCUUUCACAGUUCCCUUUUUGGAGAGGAAUGUUGCCUUUACACAGAGAUUGACAAAGCAAAAGAAUUCUUGCAAUGCAGUGAAGGGAAGCAGCCAGAGCCUAUCCCACUUCCCACCCUGUCAAAGUAAGCAAACUUCCUGCUUCUUGACCAUGUUGCAGGACUGAAGGUGUUUGUACUCUGGACCACUAUCUCAUUCUUGGAACUCUCCUUUGCUCCUGCAGUUGCAUCAUCCUGUUCUAUGCAUUAUUAAAUUCAAAAUCUUGCAGGCUCUUAUUUCUUUUCAGAGCUUGGGAAUAAUAACUUGGCACUUUAGAACUCCUCAGCAGGAUGAGCUGUAAAACAGCAUCUAUUCCUUAUUUUUCUCAUCUUUUCUCUCCACCUCUUUAAGAAAGAGAGGGGGUACUGGCACUCUGGUGCUCACUUUUUAAAAGAGGGGUGCCAUCCUUUUGUACAGUUGCUCUGGCUGCAAUAGUCCUGUGUGGGAGAGGCAAUGAGAAUGGGUGUUAGGCUUGUAAAAGAAAACUUGCACUUUGAACAUGUCUUGUUUAAGUUGUGAUAACAAAUUCCUUAUUUAUUUGUGUUUUUUUAAAGAUCUGUUUUAGUUGCUGUCUAGGGAGGAUUUUCUUUUAAAAGUGAAAAUCCUUUGUAAAGGAUACAAAGCAGAAGCAGCCUCUUCAGCAAACAAUGUUUAGGAACUGACCCUCAUUCUAAGUGAAAGAAACGCUAGUGAAACAGCACCCCUUCUAGAGAGCAGUGAAGCUCCCAUUUGCUUUUGUUGCUACGGGGAAGGUUUUUUUGGUUUUGUUUUUUUGGUCAGGGAGAGAUGGUCACUUCAGAGAUUUGAGCUGCUGCAGUCAUUAUCUCCCUAUGUUAGGUUGCAUUGUUACUUCUGCCUUUCUCUCUAGCUUUGAUGGGCCAAUGCCAUUAGCAGCAACAUACGCUUGUCCUCAAGUUAUAUUGCUAAAUAGCUUGACGGCUCAUCCUCUAAUACAUGCUGCUGCUUAGACACUUUGAUUCAGUCCUUAAAACACAUUUAGAGGCAAAAUAGUAUCUUGUAAACUUGAAAUUUGGCAGUUUAGGUAUCACUCAAGGGUAAAACUUGUCUAGUAUUUUCUGAAAAACUUAAAGCAACUAUGAUAACCUCAGAUAUUUAUUUAGGACAUAAUUUGCAUAAGUUCUUGACUAUUAACUGAGAGCUUGUGAUGGCACAGUAUCUUGGUGAUAAGUCUUCUUAUUUAGUGACCUAAUAUAUUCAUAGGAACAAGGACUGAGUUGAGGAAUUCUCUUGGGCAUGAUCAUAAAUGUUAACUUGUGUUGGAGCAGUGCAUGUUCUUACAUCUUUUAGUCUAGAGCUCUUUCAUAGUUUUAAGCCCUGCUGUGCAACACUCACUAGCAUGAACUGAUCUUAUUCCCAGCCUCCUCCUUUUAUAGUUUUGAUUCUCUAGAAAAGUCUAAACACCAUUCCUUUGCUCAGAAGAAAAUUAAGCACAAACAGAGUGUAAGAUUAAAUAGUCUACCAGAAGUUUUAAUCCACAUCACAUGCAAUAUACAAUUAGUGCGCUGCAUGUAAUAUAGGAUCUGUAUGCUGUAUAGGCUCAACACUGUUUUGGGAUUAAGGCUGGCACAAGAAAGGAGAUUGCAAUGGAAGGCAUGUUCUGUGUACUGCUGAGGAGGCUGCCCCUCUGUCUUGACUACAAUAUAGUGUAUUUCCCUGCUCUACCACUAAAGAUUCUUUUUCAGCAUUGAAGGGACUUAUAAUUUUCUAGGAAAGAGAGGCUGUAGGUAGGUAGUUGGCAAUCUACUUGAACUUCCUUCCCAGCCUGAGUUACCCAUCAGCCUCUUGCCUGCCUUUCCUAGACAGCUCUGUUGGUCUCCUUUCCCCCCUCUUUGUGGUAUGUGUAUACAGUUUUAUAAAAGUAACAUUGUUUUGCAUUUAACCAGGACAGUCUCUUGCACUCUGGGGUGGAUAAUCUUUGGUUUGGAUUUAUGAACUGAAAUCAUUUGUCUUGACACAGUGUUCCUGCUGCUUCCCUUUAAAGUCUCCCACCAUAAGCAUGCAAUUUUGCUUCAAUCAGUUAUUAUAGUAGUUGCAAUAAACUAUUUCUUCUAGUAAGCUUUUUUCCAUGGGAAAGAAAGCAUGGUGCUGGGAGCUGAAGCUAUAUAAUCUCCUUCCCUCUGUAAUAUGGGAUAGUUUACAGUAACUAAUUUGACAUUGACCCACUCCAUAUGCAGUUCCAUAGGUUUGUCCUACCUGUAAACUCUGCCUCUGUAAGCAUUGGAUCCCCUUCCUGUUAAUGCAAUGGAUGAUGUGUAUCUCUUCUUCAGGAGCUGGCACAAACUUCUUUCCUAGUCAUAUAAGAAUGGAUUCUCUUUUCAGCAUUUUAUCUGAACAUUGAUAGAAGACAACUGAUGAGAACAGGAAGCUCAGGAGUUUAUCAAGGACUAAUGUAUUUAAUGUAUGAGAAAUUGUCUGUCUGCUUCACAUAGUCUCUGAAAAACAGCACAAAGCUGCAACCAUAAUGGGGUGGGGGAACAACUGUUAGAUCCCUGGAGAAGCUUUCCAAAGUGAUAGUGAAGAGCUGGGGGAACUGCACUAGAAUUGUGAAUCCUACAAAGGAGGGGAAAGGAUUUGCGAUACUUAGCAGAACUACCUGAAGUAGUAGCCACUGGGUGGCAACAGAGCUGUGUUGCAUUCUGGCACACCCCUAUUUUUUAGUGUUAAGCGAAGGGAUGGUUGAGUUGACAAGUCUUUGAUUGCUUAAAAGCCUUGUUGCAUAUAAAAUUUCCCCCAAGUGAUGGUGGGGAUUUGGGGCAGGGUGCCAGGGGGAGGGGCAGUGAUCCAUGUUGAUAAAGGGUUGUGUAUUCAAAAGUAAAUAAAACAAUAAAAAGGGA